CGUCUACUCCCGGCGGGUAGUGGUGGUAGCAGCGAGUGGUGGCAGCGCCGGCGUCGCUUUUGCCAUCCUACCUACCGGUUUCAGCAGGAAAGUUGGAGUAGGUCUCGUGCGAGGGUGCGGACCGCACACGGUUCCGCCACGCUUCGUACUCGCGCCAUUUCCUCCUUUUUUUCUCUCACGGUGAAACGCGCGCUCUCCCGCGUCUCUUCUCGUCCCCGUUCGCACGGCAUCCGUCUCGCUUCCCCUCGAUCGUUUCGUCGAUCGUAUCCACGAUCGAGUGCAACGCGCGUUCUACGUACGCGCCAAGGGAGCGACCGGUUGCCGCCUCGAGGUGGCGCGUUUUUUUCCAACGGACCGUUAAGCAAGGAAGGAAGAAAGGAAGGAAGGAAGGAAGAAAGGAAGUUUGGAAAAUUUCGCUCUAUUCCGAAAGAAUGAUCGAGGAAAGGUGGAUAAUAGAUAGGUGGCCGUGAUCGAAUGGUGCGAGCGACCGAAGGAUUUCGUGAAAUUACGUCGUGGUACGACGCGGUCGUAAGUUUCGCGCGUAUGGGUGUGUGUGUCCCGCUAUGAUCCAUCACGAUUGACUUUCUCUUGUGUCACGCUCUUACGUACCAGGCGACGACCAACACAUCCAAAGGUGGAGAGAUGAUCCGCGACUAUCUGUUGUUGCUCUCGUGGCUGUGCGCUGUGCAAGGAAAAAUAGGGUAUUUCUGGCACAUCACCGACAUCCACUAUGACCCGAGAUACUCCGCUCAAGCAAACGCGGCGACCGCGUGCUGGAAUACAAGGAACGGAGUGGGCGGCGGGCGGAAGACGCCCGGAAAAUUCGGCGAUUACGGCUGCGAUUCGCCGUGGGAGCUGGUCGAGUCGGCGGCCAAGGCGAUGAAAACUUACCGCGGCGAAGGGAUCGAGUUCGUCCUCUGGACGGGUGACGCGCUGACGCGCACUACUGGUAUGAAUGCCGAGCUCCGUCUCCAGUGUUUGCGGAAUUUGACCGAUCUGUUGUCUCGCACGUUUAAGGGGCUAUUUGUGUUUCCGGUGCUCGGCCACGACGACACGGUCAACUUCUCCCAACUUGCCGAGCUUUGGUCAACCUGGCUGCCCCAAGAGGCUUUGGACACUUUAAAAAGCGCCGGAUAUUACACGAUAGAGCAAACCUCGGAGAAAUAUCGGAUCAUUUUCCUCAACACGAAUUUGUGGCUGAACACGGCCGAUAAUCGUAUGCUGCACCACCAAUCCGGAGCGAGCGUGGUCGAUAACACGCAGGAUCCUCUGAAUCAAUGGUCCUGGUUCCAGACGACUCUCGAGACAGCGCGAAGGAAGGAGGAAACGGUUUACAUCGUGGGUCACACACCGCCGGGAGUGGACGAUCGGGAGAGCGGCGCGUCCAUGUUGAACGAGCGUCACAACACCAAAUACCUGCAGCUGAUCCGGCUGUACUCGGACAUCAUUCGCGGUCAGUUCUUCGGUCACUGGCACACAGACACUUUUCGCGUGGUCUAUAACGAUAACGGUCUGCCCGUGUCCUGGAUAAUGAUGGCGCCCAGCAUAUCGCCAACCACGCCUGGAGGGCCCAACAAUCCGGGCUUAAGGUUGUACAAAUUCGAGACGACGACCGGCCAGGUGCUGGACUAUACUCAGUACUAUCUUAAUCUGCCGGAAGCGAACUCCGGGACGGCGAACUGGUUGAUCGAGUACUCCCUCCUCGAAUAUUACAAUCUUCAGGAAAUUACGGCGAUCUCUCUCCACGACCUGGCCGACCGGUUCACCCAGUUCAACGAUUACGCUUUCGUCAGAUACUACGCGGCCAACACGGUCUCGUUGCCGCGGGAAGUGGAGCAAAUUUGGGGCUGCGGGGGACCGUUGAACGGAGCCUGCGCCCUCCACCACUACUGCACCGUCACCCGAUUGAACCCGGAAUCCUACAAGAAGUGUUACUCGUCGUACGCGUUCGCCCUCGCCUCGACCGGCCCAUCCACGCCACGGAUCUACCUGUCGCUCUACCACCUCGUGCUACUCGCCUGCGCACACUUGGCCGGCAGCCGGUAGAUUUCUCGUAGAGGGAACGACCCGAGCCACGCGCGUUUCCACCCUCGUCGAUCGUCCCCUCGUUACUCGCUCUUUGCGACGGCAGGGGAUUUGUCUCUUCUUCGCCUCUUUUCCGUUCGAGAGGAGAGGGGGGGAAGGGCGACGAGGGAAGAAGGGAGAGGAGGAUGAUCGACAGGGUACUGCUGGGAAGAAAAAAAGAAAAAAAGAAAAAAAAAGAAAACCUCGAUGUUGUACUUGCUUCUCUUAAGCGUUUGUGUGCGUUUGUGUUUUGAACGCGAAUGGAAUCGCGUUAUGGGGGGCGCGCGGUAACGUUAAGAAUUCGAGACGAUUGGGGGCGUUGGCUCGGUCUCGCGAACCAGCGUUUCCACGAACAGGAAUUACGUAUCAUCGCCAUCACCACCGAUUCUGGAUUUUGUCGGAACAAUACAGUAUUUCUUAAUAAACGAGUCAUGGAUUUGUAACUAA